UCGACAGAAGAAACUCUUCUGAAAUUUUAAAGAAACGCGUUAUUUUGAUUAUAAUAAGAUCUGAUUGAAAAAAAAAUUAUUUCCUAUUACUUACGAAUCGAACCAACUUCAUAUUCAGACAAUUUUAUAAAAAUUAGUGCCACUCAGUUUCUUCAAAAUUUCCAAAAAGUUUUUUUCUUCUACAAAAUUUGAUAAUCGAACAGAAAUAUUUCGAAUUUUUUUCCACUUUUGAAAAUUUACUCAUAAUUUAGAAUUUUUAAUUUAAUAAUAAAUUGAUAUUUGAUUAGAGGCGUAAAGUAAAAGAAAUAAAACAAAAUUUGCGAAUUUGAUUUAAGAUUGAAAGCUGCUUAGUUUGUAUGAACUUUAACAUUUUGUUAAAUUAGCCUAAAAAUUUUUUUCCUCGAGGACUUUUAGUUGCUUUUUUUUUGUUGUUGUUCCACAUUUUUGUUUUCAAUGCGAAAUGUAAUUAAAAAUUUGAAAAUUGAUCUUUUUUGGAAAAUUUAGUGUUAAUUGUAAGUGAAAGUUUUCUUGUGAUUGAAAACAGUGAAGGGAUCUUGUAUUUUCAUAUGAAUGAAAUGAUGGAAUCCAAAGAGGUCAAGAUGAAAUCUAAUCUCGAUAUCAGGAGACAAUCGAAAGGUAAAGGAACAUUUUAUCAGUUGCAGAUGUGCGCUUUGGCGAAUUUGUCCGUUAUGGGACCGUCAAUGGGUUUUGGUUACAGCGCAGUAGCCCUUCCCCCACUCCAAUCGCCGAACAGCGAAUUUCAUAUUGAUGAGAAUCAAGCUUCCUGGAUUGCGAGCGCUGCUGCAAUAGCGAUUCCAUUUGGAUGUAUGAUUACAAGUUUUGCUAUGCGAAGGGGAAGGAAAACGUCACUUUUAAUUAUAUCGGCAGUGUCUAUAGUCGGAUGGCUAACGAUAUAUCUUUCGGCGAAUAUUGAGCAGAUAAUUAUUGGUCGAAUUAUAUCAGGUGUCGCUACUGGAUUGGCGACAGUGCCAACGACAGUCUACGCUGCGGAAGUGUCGUCGGCGAAAUGGCGAAGCACCGUUGUCACGUGGACGAGCAUCGCGAUUGCCACCGGCGUUCUUAUAGUCUAUAUUUUCGGAUUUAUAUUUCCGGAAAAUUGGCGAAUGGUAGCACUACUUUGUUCGAUAUUUCCCCUCGUUUCUCUAGUUUUGACGGCAAUAUUUAUGCCCGAGUCGCCAGUGUGGCUUCGUGAAAGGGGCAAAAUAGCAGAAGCCGAGAGAAUAUUGAAGAAAUUUCGUGGUGUUCCUCAAGAAUUGCCACUUCCUGACGAAGAUGCUGCUGAAUUCGAGGUGAAGCAUCACAAGAAGAAGAAGAACCUACUGAAGCACAUCCUCCGUCGCUCCGCCCUCAUCCCCUCAUUCAUUCUCCUCGGCUACUUCUUCUUCCAACAAUUCUCGGGCAUAUUCGCCGUCGUCUACUACGCAGUGCAAAUCUCCAAAGACUCGGGGGUGAAAAUCGACAAUCACCUGAAUGCAAUUCUAAUUGGCUUGACGCGCCUCAUUGGUGCGAUCUCAGUUGCCUGGUUGUCGCGCCGCGUGGGCCGUCGACCACUGUCGAUCCUCUCCGGCACUGGAAUGACCCUCUCGAUUGGCAGUCUCUCGCUGUACUUGUUCCUCCACGAUCGCGGUUACGUGGCCUCUGAUGAAAACCUCUUACCAGUGAUAUGCCUCAUUGCGUACAUAUUCAUGAGUACCCUCGGCUUCCUGGUCCUGCCUUUCGCCAUGGUGGGCGAGCUCUACCCGUCCAAGGUCAAGGACGUUCUCUCCGGAUUCACAACAUGCAUCGCUUACAUUUUUAGUUUUGUUUCCGUCAAGGCGUAUCCAGACAUGUCGAAAAUAAUGGGCAAGCAUGGAAUAUUUUGCUUCUACGCUGUUGUCUCAUUGUUGGGGACAUUCUUUAUUGUUUUCUUUUUGCCUGAGACUAGGGGUAAGACAAUGGGGGAAAUUGAGGAUAUUUAUGCGAAGAAGAAGAAGAUGAUUGCUGGCGAUGAGACUGUUAAAGAGAAGAUGGUAUCUUGAAGAUUGUAAUCUUAAGGAAUUAUUUUUAAUUUAUUGUUAAGUUUUUACCUCGGUUUUAACUGUAUUGCAUUUCUUGAUUUUUUUAUACAUUUGUUGAGUUUGGAAUUUGUACAAUAAAGUUGU